UAAGAACAAGUUGGACGAGGACAUUCUUACUUUCCCGUGUUUGGAGUAUUAAAAUAUCCGUUUAUUUGGCGUAUAUCCAGCGAUAUUCGUAUUUGAAGGAAAUAUUUGGAUAUUUUUAUGACAGUUUUUGCAUUUUGCUAAACCGCGCCAAGCUAGGAGAAGGCGUCGACUGGCGUUGGAAUGUACCAUUGUGCCAACGCAGGGGAAGAUUUUUUUUGUUGUGACAGCGGAGUAGAAACCCGGCCGUGAGAGUCGAGAAAGCGAAGGCGACCGGGAAAAGCUUCGCUUUGCUCUACCUGUUGUGUUUCUUCGUUUAUUUAUUUAUCCUUUACGUUGACGCCCAUGGAACUGGCGUCGUCGAGGCUACCUUAAGCGUUUGCUCCGAAUGUCCACUGCGUGAGCAGAAGGGUUGCUUGUUGAGUCCCAGUUGUAGGUCGUUGCGUCUGGCGUCAACGAUGGCCUUCAGCAAAGGUUAUCGCAUCUACCACAAGCUGGACCCGCCCCCUUACAGCGUCAUCGUGGAGACGCGCGGCCGGGAAGAAUGCCUCAUGUUUGAAUCGGGGGCCGUCGCCGUCCUCUCGGCGGCCGAGAAGGAGGCCAUAAAAAACACGUAUUCCAAGAUUGUGGACGCCUACGGGAUCUUGGGUGUCCUCCGCCUCAACUUGGGCGACUCCAUGCUCCACAGCCUGGUGGUGGUGACGGGCUGCAGCUCGGUGGGCAAAGUGCAGGAGUCGGAGGUGUUCCGCGUGACGCAGACGGACUUUGUGUCCCUGAAGAACGACCCCGGUGAUGAGGAGCGCAUCGGCGAGGUGCGCAAGGUGCUCAACUCGGGUCACUUCUACUUUGCCUGGUCCGCCUCGGGCGUCAGCAUGGACCUCAGCCUCAACGCGCGCCGGCGCAUCCUGGAGGACACCACGGACAACCGCUUCUUCUGGAACCAGUCCCUGCACCUGCACCUGAAGCACUACGGCGUCAACUGCGACGACUGGCUGCUGCGGCUGAUGUGCGGCGGCGUGGAGAUCCGCACCAUCUACGCCGGACACAAGCAGGCCAAGGCGUGCAUCUUCUCGCGCCUCAGCUCGGAGCGGGCCGGCACGCGCUUCAACGUGCGCGGCACCAACGACGACGGGCAGGUGGCCAACUUUGUGGAGACGGAGCAGGCCAUCUUCCUGGAUGACAGAGUGUCGUCUUUCAUCCAGAUCCGCGGCUCCAUCCCGCUGUUUUGGGAGCAGCCGGGCAUCCAGAAAAAGUCCCUUAAGGGGGUUUUGUGGCACCUGAACGACAAUCGGCAAGCCAGUCGACGCGAUGACAACCCGCAUUUGGUCGGCUCGCACCGCGUCAAACUCUCCCGAGGAUUUGAAGCCAACGCGCCGGCCUUCGAAAGACACUUCACUGCCCUGAAGAGCUUGUACGGCAAACAAGUGAUCAUCAAUCUGCUCGGCAGUAAGGAAGGAGAACACAUGCUCAGCAAAGCCUUUCAAAGUCACUUGAAAGCGUCGGAGCACGCCGCGUCCGUCAAGAUGGUCAACUUUGACUACCACCAGAACGUGCGCGGCGGAAAGGCGGACAAGCUGCACAGCGUGCUCAAGCCGCAGCUGGCCAACUUUGUGGAGGAGUGCGGCUUCUUCUACUACUCGGGAGAGAUGGGCAUCGCCAGGAGUCAGGGCGGCACCAUCAGGACAAACUGCCUGGACUGUUUGGACAGAACUAACAGCGUCCAAGCCUUCUUUGCCCUGGAGAUGCUGGCCAAGCAGCUGGAGGAAAUGGGCCUGACGGAGAAACCUCAGCUGGUGGCCCGCUUCCAGGAGGUGUUCAGGACCAUGUGGUCGGCCAACGGCGACUCGGUCAGCAAGAUCUACGCGGGCACCGGCGCCCUGGACGGCAAGGCCAAGGGGGGGAAGCUGAAAGACGGCGCUCGCUCGGUGACCAGGACCAUCCAGAACAACUUCUUCGACAGCUCCAAGCAGGAGGCCAUCGACAUCCUGCGCCUGGGCUCCACGCUCAACAGCGACCUGGCCGACAAAGCGCGGGCCUUGCUCACCACCUCCAGCCUCUACGUCACUGAGCCCGUCUUGCAGUCAGCCUCCCCCAGGGUGCUGCUGGGCAUGUGCCAGAACCACCGCAAGUACACGCGGCCCAAGCAGAUCCGAGUGUGCGUGGGCACGUGGAACGUCAACGGCGGCAAGCAGUUCCGCAGCAUCGCCUUCCGCAACCAGACGCUCAACGACUGGCUGCUGGACGCCCCCAAGAUCGCCGGGCACCCCGAGUUCCAAGACGGCAAAGCCGACCCCGUUGAUAUUUUUGCCAUCGGCUUUGAGGAAAUGGUGGAGCUGAACGCCGGAAACAUCGUCAGCGCCAGCACCACCAACCAGAAGCUGUGGGCCGCCGAGCUGCAGAAGAACAUCUCGCGGGACCACAAGUACGUGCUGCUGGCGUCAGAGCAGCUGGUGGGCGUGUGCUUGUUCGUCUUCAUCCGCCCGCAGCACGCGCCCUUCAUUAGGGACGUGGCGGUGGACACGGUGAAAACGGGCAUGGGCGGCGCCACGGGCAACAAAGGGGGCGUGGCCAUCCGCCUGCUCUUCCACACCACCAGCAUCUGCUUCGUGUGCUCGCAUUUCGCCGCGGGACAGUCGCAGGUCAAGGAGAGGAACGACGACUACAACGAGAUCACGCGCAGGCUCAGCUUCCCCAUGGGUCGCCUGCUCUACUCUCACGACUACGUUUUCUGGUGCGGCGACUUCAACUACCGCAUCAACCUGCCCAACGAGGAGGUGAAGGAGCUGAUCAGGCAGCAGAACUGGGACGCGCUGACGGCCGGCGACCAGCUCUUUGACCAGAAGAAUGCCGGAACGGUCUUCCGGGGAUUCAUUGAGGGCAAGCUGGACUUUGCGCCCACGUACAAGUACGACCUUUUCUCCGAGGACUACGACACCAGCGAGAAGUGCCGCACGCCCGCCUGGACCGAUCGAAUCCUCUGGAAGCGCAGGAAGUGGAACUUUAACAAAACAGCCGAGGAGAUGAACGUGGUGGGCGCCACGUCGGCCGAGAACGAGGAUGACGCGGAUUGCCCCUGGAGCCCCGGGACCCUCAAGUAUUACGGCAGGGCCGAGCUCAAGACCUCAGACCACAGGCCGGUGGUGGCCGUCAUGGACGUGGACAUCCUGGAGGUGGACCCGGAGGCCCGGCACCAGGUCUACAAGGACGUCAUCGCGCUGCAAGGACCCCCCGACGGCACGGUCCUGGUCUCCCUGUGCUCGUCGGGACCGGACGACUACUUUGACGACGCGCUCAUCGACGAGCUUCUCGACAAGUUUGCCAACUUUGGCGAGGUCAUCCUGAUCAGAUUUGUUGAGGAGAAGAUGUGGGUGACGUUCCUGGAGGGCUACUCUGCUCUGGCCGCUUUGUCCCUCAGCGCGUCCACCGUUCUGGGCAAGGUGUUGGACAUCCGCCUGAAGAGUCCCGGCUGGAUCAAAAGCCUGGAGGAGGAGAUGAGCGCGGAGCGCAUCUGCGGCGGCAUCCCCGCCUCGGCCAGCUCCACCCUGCUGGCCGAGGACGCCGCCAUGGGCGACGACGACGACUACGACAUGGAGGGCGACGUGGACGAGGAGGUGGAGGCCGUCCUUCCGCAGCACCUGCAGCCCGGCGCCGGCUGGUCGCCGCAGCCUUCGCCGGGGGCCAGCCCCUGCGCCUCCCCCACCCACGGAGAGGCGGCGCCGCCCGUCAGGCCCGGACGCGCCGCUCAACCGGCCCGACCGACUCAAGGCCCCCCUGUCGACUUGCAGCCCGGCGCGCCGCCAUCCCAAGGCUUGGAGCCCAAACGCGCGCCGCCACCCCGGCCCAACGCACCCCCGGCGAGACCCAUGCCCCCCCAGCGCCCGCCACCCCCCUCAGGUCGAGGCCCGCUAGCUGCGGGAGCCCCCACAGCCGGAGGCACUUCCAGGCCGAAUCUUCCCGCUCGAGCAGGCGUGAUCAGCGUUCCUCCGCAGGCUCGUCCCUCUCCUCCGCCCCACCCCGGAGCUCCCCGCCCCGCCCCCGACGUGCACCCGGGGGCCCCUCGACCCAACGCCGACACCCACCCCGGAGCCCCUCGGCCAGUACCUGCUCAAGCGGCUGAUCUUUCUCUAGGGCCCGCGCUCCCGACGGCGCCCCCUGUGGCGAGGCCGUCGGUCCCGGCGCCGGCGCAACCGCAACCCGCCGGCCCGGCCCAGCCGCAGCUGCCUCCCCCCAUGCUGCCGACACCUGCCGCCGCCCCCGCGCAGACGCUGGCCUCCCCGAAGCCGCCGCCCCGUUCCCGCUCGCAUCACGCUCUGCCCUCGGAUGCCGCCAAGGGCGACUCGGCCACGCAGACGAACGGACUGAACGGCGUCCGAUCCAAGCCCAAGGCCCCGGACGCCCUCGACUUCCCGCCUUGGCAGCAGAGCUCCCGAUCCUUGACCCGCGGCUCCUCCCUGAGGACUCCGCCCUCCGUUCCCGCCUCGUCGCCAUCCUUCAUGUCCGCCGCCCUUCUCCCGCCGCCGCCCGCAAUGCCUCGCAGUCGCUCGCAGGAGACCCUGCGCAGCUCCCCGAACCCUUUUUCCGCCGAGCCGCUCCCCGCCCGGCCCUGCAGCACCAACCCGUUUACGGGCCGGCGCGACUGGGCGCCGCCCGUCCCCGCCGCGGUCGCCCAGCAACGGCUGUCUCGGGGCGCGUCCCUGAUCACCCCCUCGUCGGUCACGCGGGCCGUCCCGCCGCCCCGCCGCCAGCCCCCGAAUUGGGUCACUUUCAACGACGACUUUCCGCUUCCGGCCGCCAAGCCCCCCGGCCCCGCCGCCGUCGCUGAACCGGACUGGUUAACCGAAGCCGCGGCCCCCUCGGCCCCCCGUGAGUUUAACCUCUUCCCCGAGCCGGACUGGUUCACCCCUUCCCCGGCUUUCAACGCGCACCGGGCUAAAACUCUGCCCCCCGCCGCAACCCUCCUCCCCGAACCGGAUUGGUUAAGCGCCAUCCCGACCCUUCCUCCCCCGCCUGUCCCAUCGCGCUCCGGCGCCGCUGUCCCGAAACACCCCGACCGAUCCGGUCCCGGCUGCCUCCUCUUUGCCAGAGAGCCAACCGAACGCUGAGAUCUAUCUGUAGAUCCGUGACGUAUACGUAUUCAUUCGUUCAUCUUCUGAACCGCUU